CAACGUUAAGCAGUCGAAAUGGAAAUAUUCAAAAUCGAGUUAAGUUCGAAUGAUGCGAGUGAUCGGAGUGGUAGUUGGCACGGAUUCUCGUCGUAUUGAUGCGUCCAGUGAAUAGCGUGAAUUUUAGAAGCGAUAAGUGAAUGCCACUAGAAUUUGGAAAUUUGAGAGUGUGCUACAAUUUGUGAAGUAAAUAAUAAUUUCCGUGAAAUAUUUGCCAAAUUUAAGAGGAGCCUGUCAGUUUUUGCCGUUUUUUGAAUUAAGGGCUGCCAGAAGAAGGAAACGGAACAACAGUGUUUGCCAGGAAGCAAUCGUGUAUGUUGUGUUUUUGUUUAUAAUUCUUUUGGAAUUGCCACUUGUGCAGUGUUGCGUGCGAAUUGCGUUCAGAGUUUUUUUUUAUACUGUGUCGCGGUCAAAUUGUUGUUGUAUCGGCGUGAUUACUAUUAUUCUUUGCGUACCUUCGGUAAUCGGCGUAACAUUCCAAAGCUGUUUAAAAAUUUGGCAAGAGCGUUUCACUUUGUUUUGUAUUGUAUGUAUGUACAUAUGCAAAGUAUAUAAAUGCUGACCGUUUGGCACAGAAGUCUUUAAAAGUGAUUAAAAUACGAAAAGAAUUUGAAAGUGUUGCAAAAAUCGAAACAAUAUAUUAAAUACAACGUAGUAGCAACAACAGUUGAAAUCCAAUCACUCGAAGUGUAUCAGCAUCAAAUCAAUUGGAGAUGAAUAAUCACAAAACAAAAUAUGAGAAUAAAUAUAAAAACAAUAAAUAACGAGCUCCAUACGAAUGCGAACGAGGAACGUAACAGGAAACCGGUUUGCUAACAACACUAACAUCAUUAACAACAGCAAAAACACAAAAAAAAAUCAAACACUUUGGUCUAAGCAAGCAUCCAAAGCAAUGGUCAUCGCCAGCUAGUGAUUGAGGAAGUGAAAAGGCAAAGGGUACACCAACUCAUCCACUUGAAAUAAGUACCCACAAGCGUGCGUGUGCGUGUGUGUGUUAUAUGUGCAUCUUCUAAUAUCCAAUAGCAAUUCGCCGACAGUAGUUAUUGGAGUUACCAAUAGCAACAAAAGUGUAUGAAAAAUAAAUGAGUUUAAAAACAAACCUUUUUGCCAUCUGUCCUCGCAUACAUACGUAUGCAUGUAUGUAUAUGUGUCAGCGAUUCGAUAACGCGGCCGGCGGAUCUGCUUUGUUUUAUUAGUGUCUUUUGGCGAUUAUAGCGCAGCUUGCUUCGGAUAUACACAUUCAGCACUCGACGCAUCGAAAAGAUCUCCUGGGUCUACGUUAUACUAUAUGUGCCACAUGAGCCUUUCUGUUCGCUUUGUCUACCCGUGUAGCUCGUUUGUUAUUGUCUUUUCGUAGUGGAUGAGUCGUUCACAAUUCAUAAACGUUCUCCCGCUGCUGCAUCUUGUUUCCUCUUAAUUACGUUUACGUGUGCGUAUUUCGCGUGUGGAACAACCGGUCAGCUGAAGCAGCCAAGUUUCUGCCUCAGGGUCAGCAGCAGCAGCAGCGGCUAUGUCGAUAUAGAAAUAGCGGCCAGCAAAUAUAGAAUGGCAACACUUUCAUGAGCAAGGCAGUGACCUCUCAAGUGAAAGAGAUAAGCGAUAUUGGGAAAACCCACAUACAUACAUACAUAAUUGUCGAAUUGAAUCAAAUACCUAGGGCUACAGUUGAGGAAGACAACUGUGUAAUAGUUCGUGCUCACUUUUACUUUCAUGCAAUUCAUAUGAAACAAUGUGAAUUAUAAAAAAAAAUUGUCGACACAACGGAAACGACUUGCACAAAAGUUGAUUGCUCAUACAACGCAAGAGAAGAGGGGAAGCAGAGGAUUUCUCCAAGUUAUCGCAUUUAUGCGCGUCGAAUCGAUUUGAAAAUCGAGUAGCACGUCAAAGAAAUUGCCAACACUAAAAAAACUAUACUCGGAGACGCCACAGCAUGUCCGCCAGUCUAAUGUCGUGUGUUCGGGAGAAUUCCCCACCAUUAGAUGUUGUGGAUGGGGCUCACUUUAGUAGUGCGACGGGUCCUACGUCAUUGCCCGAUUGUCAUAUGUCCACAAUGUCAACAGCCAAUCAACAACAACUCACAUCAACAGCACUAACAACGUCAAAUGUCAACGAGAGUAGUAGCAGUGGAGGCGGUGCUGGUGGAGGAGGUGAUGGAACAGCCGCAAGUAAUGAACCGAAACGUCGCCGCUUCCAUCCGCUGCGUAAUCUCCGCCGCAUCUUCCGUCGUCGCACCAUUACCAGCGUUACUGAUACGCCAGCGAACGUGAACACAUCCAAUACAUUACCACCGCCCACCAGCAGCACAAGCGAGAAGAAUCUACGCAGUGCCACGCUCUCCUCCAUAUCCUCAGUGGUAUCGGCCUCAUCGCCUUCAUCACCGCUAACCCACCAACAGCUGCAGGACGCCUACUCAUCGCAAUCGCUGCCCAAAUCGAAGUCAUAUUCGAUUAGUGGUGGUGGUAACGGCGGUAGCGGCAGUGCUGCUAGUAGUGGCAGCGUAGUGAAGUCACCGCAUAGAGAUGCAUUAUUGGCAACGGUAUUAGGAGGUAAACACAAGCAUCAACAAACAAAACAACAAUUACAACAGCAACUGGAAGAAGUAGUGAACGACAGCGAAAUGUAUACAACAACAUCGUCGAUGUAUCAUCAUCACCAGCACCAGCAGGUGGGCAGCAGUGGCGGUGUGCUCUUUCAGCCACCGCACUCGGUGCGGCAAUCGCUGGGCGUUGCCGUUUUGCCAAGCGCCAUGAAUCGCAGCUUCUACGCUGAGCGUCAGAAGUUGCGCAGUGUUGGUGAUUCGUCGCAGGAGCUCGACAGUAGUGGCAAUGACAGUGGCAGCGCCACCGGCACAACCAGCGUCAAUAACACGACAAGUGGCAGCGGCAGCGGCAGUGCGAGCGCUGGCCGUGCACAUGGAUGCGUCAGCAGUGAGAUGACCGACAGUCAGCGCAGCCUCAGCGAGGGACGCUUGGUGGACAGCGACUACAGCCACGAUCCACUGUCUCAAUCACAUGACAGCGUAUUUUCGGAAUCGGCAUCAGCGAGUCUCUUUUCUAACAGAGAUUAUCAGGCUGAGCUUUCCGAUGUGCUACGCAAACGCAAUCGAAAUCGCCAAGAUGCUUCCGAAGAGGAUCUGGGACUGCCACGCAGUCCAGCUUCACCGCAAAGGCAUGCCGAUCGUACACAUCGCAACCACCAUACCGCAAGCGGCAGUGGCCGAUAUAGUAGCGGCAAUCACAAUAAUGUAGCCACACCUUCCUCCGCCACAGGCAAUCAAAGUGAGGUUUCCUCAUUGAGCCUGCUGAGCAUGAAUAGUGGCGAUGGCGAGGAGAUAUUAGCUGCAUCCACAGCUAACAAUUCCACAACUAGCACCAAAGAGGUUGUGCAAGAUCGCUCGAUGACAUCGUCGUUUGGAGGGCGCAGCAUAACACGCUCGUCCACUGUUUCAACCACAUCGGUGUGCUCUGAAAUUUAUCGGCAUUCAUCGAGCGCCAGUUUGGGUAGCGAUUCCAAUCGAGAUGAGCCGGAUUUGUUGGGGGCGAAAUGUCAACGGCUAUCCCACUCAGCUGCCAAACAUAAAAUGGCUUUAAGGCCAGCCAAGAAGAAGGGUCCCAGUCGUCAACACCGGCGUACGCUGGAGACUUCAAUACCGGAGGCCAAUGAGGAUAGCCUGAGAAUGGCUGGCAAUAUACAAAUGGAUAUUUCAGAACCCGAUGCGAAAGCCAAAACACGCUCCCUACCACCGAGUGUUAAUACUAAAAUAUUAGAUAAACAUGUUGUAGACUCGAAGAAGACGACUUCGCCCUUAAAAUCGAAAUCGAAGUCCUCCGCAUCAUCCAACGAGCAAAUACUGAACGUCAAACGCUCGAAAAUCGAAAAGCUUGAGAAAAGCAGUGAGAGUGGCAAGUCCACGAUCUCAACAUCCACCUCUACCAGCAGCACAUCUAUUACCGCUGCCACCAAUUUGUUUGGUUUACGAACACUUACGGCCAAAGCAACUGCGCUCUUCGAGCCGCCACAAGAGUCUUCUACAGAUCCCACACCCAGUGAACAAGAGCUUAAGAAAGAGAAGGAGAAAGUCAAAGAAAAAAGUUCAACAAAUACAGGCUCUGAGACAACAGAAAGUGGCUUCCUUCGUCGUCUCAUCCAACGCAAUUCGAAGCGUUCAGUUUCGCGUUCUAAUCCCGCCAGCAACACUAAUAACAGCGACAACAAAGACGUCGUUGCUGUUGAGGUUCCAAUGGAUGUAUGCCAAAGUGAGCACGAAGCAAAAUCUAAGAUGCAAAUUUCCACUUCUUGUAUGGAUAUGAAAUCGACACCAGAUUCGAGUGUGACGAAGCUGGAUAAGUCGCGUAGCGCUUUAAAUUAUGAGCAAAAUAUCGAAGAAACCCGCAAGGAUAUCAAGCGGGAAAUUAUGUCAGUCGGCAAUACAGGCAUGAAUGCCGUGUUAAAUGCACAUAACAUGGCAUCAGUUGGCAACAGCAACAACAAUAUUAAGGAGCCUGCAACAUCACCCCAAAAGCCCAAGUCCGGAGCUGCCGCUCGCCAACGCUACAUGCCGCAGGACAUCGGUUCAUUGGAUCGCAAGACCAACAGUCAUAGCACCACUACCGCAACAACUUCAGAAUCGUAUGCCAGCAGCACGAGCAGCAUACUUUCCAAAUGCUCACAGCAGGAGAUAUUUCAAUCUACUUCGAUCAUACGUGAAAUAACCGCCUCACACGCGUCCAGUGUCAACUCGGUGAGUAGUACACACAAGUCGGAGCAUCAUUUUGAGAAGAAGCCAAAAAUUGUCGGACUCAGCGCGUUUCAGCAGAAAAUUUCGCGCUCAAACGACUCAGUGGGGCGCUUCGCCAGUACCGGCAAUAGCAACGCGAACUCUACCAACUCUCUGGACACUGCGGGCGAUGUGUCCACCUACAAAAGUCAAGAGCAGAAACAGCGUAAGUUAGUGGAGAAAUCACGCAGUUUCCGCACAUAUCAGGAUGAUGCGCACUCAACCACUACUGCUGUGCACAACAACAUGCCCAGUUUGCCAGAUUUAACGCUUAACUUGCGUGUGCCCUGCUACAAUGAUUUUGCACUCAAUACCAAGGAUACCGCAGCGACCACCCCAGAUCGUAGCACUUCCUUGGGCUUUGAAGUUAAUGAGCAAGAAGCUGUGCGUCUCACCACACCACGCACUGAGUCGGCAGGCAAUUUGACUGCAAGUAGCUACAACUUUUCAAAAAAUGUCGUAGUUAAGAGCUCACCUACCAAAUUAGUUGCGCUUUCGCAGCCCAGCAGUAGUGUAGCAGAAAACGAUGAGCUUGAGUCCAAAAAUGAUUUACUUGCAAAGUCACCAUUUAUAAGUGUGUUGCGCAAACCCACAAGUACCACCAGUUUGGAGGAAAUACCAGCGGUGGUUACUGUGUGCGCCAACAACAAUAAGAAAUCUGUUGAACAGAAUAACGCCACUAAGAAAGGUUCGUCAAUAUCACUGGUCGCUGUGGUGCCUCCGACACAAGAAGUGGCCAAGAUGGAGCAGCAGCAGCUGCGUCCUAAGGUCUUGCAUUUGCGGGAUUCGAAUGCUAGUAUUGAUACUUCCACUUCGACCGACGACUUGAAAUUAACGCCCAGCACUGCUGCGGUGCCACUACGCGAAAAACCAAAGGUACAAGUGAAUGUGACUGGUGGUAGCAUUCGCACCUCCAUGGACAUAUUGGCAGCAAACUACAAUGAGGUGGAGAGGAAGUCGGCGCCUACACCUGUAGUGCAGACGAAUAAAGCGCAUAGUUUCAAGACAACGCGUCGAAGUUCAAGCUUGCUGGACAAUCCACCGAACAGCCGAAACGCCAGUGAAGAACGAAAUGCUGCAGCAAAGACUAUUGAACCGACGAGUGGUAGCAGUACUCCCAACGACGACGGCGUUCCCGAGUUCAUGCGUAUCCAACUCAACCGCGUCGAUCUCGCGCGCAUUGCUAAGAGCGCGAAUGUAGUACUAGCCAAGAACGUACGUGAAACACACUCGCCACCGCAACAACAGCUGUCGCCGCAGCAUCAACAACCACAGCAGCAACAAGUGCAGCAACAGCAGCAUGUUACCAAAGAGGCUAACGAGCGCAAUUCCAAUCUGGAUGAUCUCAACUUGCGCCGCUUGAGUAAUGAGAGUGUUGAGAUAAUAGAGAAAUCAUCACCUACAGAAGUGGACAAGCAGAAACCCAUAUUCAAUAUGAGCCAGAACAGUAGCAGCUGUGGUAAUAACAACAGCAACAAUGACAACUGUAAGUCACCAACAAAAUCGCAUGUGCUCGUGAGCGCCUUGCCGCCUAGGAGUCCGGUGAAGAAACAGCAAUCGAUAGUAGCCAUCACGCCAACAACACCAACUGGCAUGGAGGACACCGUAAUGUUGCGCACCAAAGCACCAGAUACACCAGCAGACGCGGCCGUGCUCAGUAGCAACAAAUUUUCGCUGCAAGAGCGGAAGCGACUAUUCAUGAGCGAAGAGAAACUGAAGACAGACAAACGCCUGGAAGAGUUGCGCAACGAGCGCAAAAAGUCCAUCACGGAGGAGGUUUAUCGCAAGUCAUUCGCCAAGUCGGAGGAGAAGCUAGAGACGAAUGAGAAGGCGGCAACAGAAAGUGUGGUGAUGUUGCGCAAGAAGUCCUUCUGCGCUAUAACGCAAGCAGGCGCGGCGGCCACGAACGGCAAUCGUGACGAUGCGACACCUGAACUCAUGAAAGUUUUCGCACGACGCUCAUUGAAAAUCAAGGAUGAGGACAUCAAUGCGCUCGCGGACAAAAUACAUGCGAACAACUGCAGCACCAGCAGUGCCAAGAAAUUUGCCGCCACACAACAGAACGUCGACAGCGACAAGGAGAAUCAAUCGGCGAGCGAAGAAAAGCUCGAUAAAUUGCCGAAACUUGAGUCAUCGAUAGAAUCGCAAACGCAUGUUGGCGGCGGCAAAUUAACCAAUGGCAUCAGCAAUCGCAAUUCGCUGGCUGAUUUCCGUACGAAAUCCGUAGUAGGCAACGGCACGACAAUUUCCAAUGGCUUGAGUUUGAAUAACAGCAGCAAUAAUAAUAAUAACAACAACAAUCACACUGCCGCAAAUAGUAAUAACACCACCGGCGGACACACCGUUAACAAUACCACCGCCAAUAACGUCACCGUGAACGCCACAACCAACGGCAUCAGUAGCAACGGCGGCAGCGGCCGCAGUUUUCUGCCACCCAUCAAGGUCGCCGGCUUCCGCACCAUUCCCAUCGAGCGCAACAACAGCGUUAGCAAAAUAUAUCCAACCACUGCAUGUGAAACACUAAACAACAACAACAAUAACAACAGUAACAAUAUAAAUAAUAACAAUCACCAUCAUAAUCACAACCAUCACCACCAACAGAAUAACAAAUCUAACGAACGACAGUCGUUGAAUGUUAAGAUGACUGAGAGUAACAGCAGCGCCGGCAGUAGUAACAGCAGCGCCAGCAGCAAUAGCUCCACGAGCAGCAGUAAUAGCAAUACGAACAGCAAGGUAAUCGAACGCUCAGCCACCGUUAGCGAAUUUAAAGGCAUACACCAGCGUCGCGCCGAAUGGGAGCAACGCGCCAAAGAGGCGUUGAAGUAAACGACUGUGAAAGAGAGUAUUGAGUGGGAUCUAUGUGUUGAUGAGAAGGAAGUAACAAAAAUGCUGGCGACCGCAGAAUGAAUUGAAAAAUGAAAUAUGCGCAACCAACAAAUUGAACGAACGAGCCCAAAAGUGACGCAAAUAUGGCAGUGGCGCGCGCAUGCGCAUGCCAACACAUGGAAACGUUUGCGUUCACGUAGAAUAACUAACUUUGGAUUAACUUUUCUUUCAUAUAAAUUAUGCCGUAAAGUUGUAAAUGUUACUAACAAAAAAUCGUAAUACAAAAAACAAAAACUACAAUGUUAGGAAAUAAACUUUUCUAAGUGGCUGCAUGAGUGCUUGGCGUGUGAACAAAAAGGGUUAAAAGGUGUGAUAAGUGAAAAGAAAGAGCGAGAGACAGCGACUAAAGUGGCAAGCGUGGACGAGUAUGACUUCUAUAAAUGCUCGUAUAUAUUUAAAAAAAAUCAUAAAGUGUACUAUUUGAAGACAAGAGUGAAAUAGUGAAUUUCUAGAGCACUUAAACGUGGCAAGUGGACAGGCGAAAGGUAUUAUAAAAUAGUUAUGAGACGCAGUAGUAGUAGAGAAACCGAGAUCGUUGCAGGACAUUAGAACAUUUAAAAAAAAAAAAUAUUUUAAUUAUUUAAAUUUUGUAGCAUUUAAUUUUAUUUUGUAACUGAUUUCUUCGUGCACAUUUUUGGAACUUUCACAUGGACCUGCUGUAAACAAAUUUGUAAAGUAAAUGCAAGCUUACAAAAAUUUUUUCGUACUUUCAAACGGCUCUGAUUGGUUUUUUUCUUUUAUGCUUUUUUACAAGAGAAGGCAGUUGUUUUAAAAAGUACAUAACUAAUUAGGCCUCAAAAGAAUUGCAGGUUUUAUUUACGCUGCAACGUUUAAUUUUUAAAGCUUUCAAAUAUUUCGAACACAAGCUCUUUGCGUUCAUUUUUGAAGAAAAAAAUGUGAACUGAUCUUGUAUCACAACGUUAUUACGCAUGCAAACAAUAACAAUAACAGUUUAAGUCGAUUUAAAAGAAAUUGUCAUAUGAAUACUUCCGUGUUCUAAUAGCGAAAUAAUUAUUUAAAACAAAAAUAUUUUUCAAAAGUAUUAUUGAGAAAAACAUAUCUGUUUUUGUAUAGUAUACAGUUACAUAUAUACAGGAAAUACUUUCAAAAGCAAUGUUUACGACUUAGACUAUUAUUGCUCUUAACCACAGAUAAAUAACAGAUGAGCGCGAAAAUCCAUCAGUGGCACAUAUUUCUCUUUGUUGCUCUCAGCCACUCCCAGUCAGCGAAAUUGAGGAGCGAUGCAAAUAUAAUAUAAUAUUUUGAGCAUUUAAUAAACAAAUAUUUGUAGUAUAGUUUAAAACAUUAUAUUUUCAAUUAUUAAAAAUUUUGAGGCGAGGGCAAUCCUUCCUGGUUUGGGCUUUUUUUCUUUAUUUUUUUAGGCUAAAAAAUUAAGAGAAGGGGGCAUACAUUUCGCACGAAUAUCAUAAAUUUUACGGGUUCCAUUUUACUGGGUUCUAAAAUUCGGUGAUUUUUUGUUAAUACUUCUGCUUCAUAAAUGGGCCUUAGUUAGCUUAUUGGAUGUUUUUGUUCAAGUUUUUAUUGCACUUUAAAACAAAACGAAAAAAUAUUAAAACCAGGUGCUCCAAAUGUUCAUGUUUUUUUGCACUUCAACUACAUUGCAGUUUCAUUCAUGCAGUCCAUUCUCCGAAUUUUGGUUGAAAUGUAACUCUUUCGAUGUGCAUUUAAUAUUUCCAGCAAAAUGUCUCUUCCACGUUCUCGAUUUCUCUGUCACAGCCCUUACUGCGCCUGCAAACUGAAUGACGACGGCAUUACUUUGUAUGUAGUUAUAGAAAAUAGAAUAAAUGUGUUAGUAGCAAUCGAAGUGCUUUUUGUAGAAGCUUUAGCAUUGAAUGUUAGAUUGGAUAGGCAAUAAAUAGAGAAGAAUAGAAUAAUUGUGGUAACCUGACAUAUACACGUAAUAUUAAACAAAUUUAUAAUAUAUUUCAUUUGGAAAUGAAAUGCCUUGUAAGAUUAAAAGCAGGGCGCUUUAAGAUGAACAGAAUUAUAUAAAUGUUUUUAUUUAGUAUUUCAGUUAAUCGUUGCAAUAAACUCGCUUUCCUGCAAGUAAUGCGCUUCUGAAUUGUCUCCGUAACUGAAUAAAUGCUAAUGCCCUAUGUAAUGCCAAUGAGUAUCAAGUUGCUUUAAAAUCACUUUAGUACUCAUUUUCGACAAAAAAAUAAAAUCAACGUGAUUUUGAAGUCAAAUUGAAAACUUAAAAUUGGCACAACCAAACAUUUUUUAGCCGCUGACCCUUAUUUCCAAUAAAUUUUAAUUGGUUUCAAUAAUAUGUAUGUAUCUACAUAUAAAAUAUACAAAGUGGCGCAAAAUUAAUCAUCCAUUUUUUUUAAAUAACAUUUGUACUAAAUAGUGAUUUUGAGUAAUGGAAGCAUGGAAAUCUUUAUUUUCGCCUUUACGCGCUUCUUUACUUGUCUGCUGAUUUACUGCAGUUGUCUAGUUCACCACUGUCAAAUAUGAUUGACGUACGACGUCAUUUGCAAAAAUUAUAAAUCUUCCAGUGGGCUGACUCAUCAAGCAUGUAUAUGUGUAUGUGCAUACAUAGAUUUACUUUUGAAAGUAUGUAUUACAGGAUUUCUGUAUAUAGUGAAAGUCAUAUUUAGUAGAAAAGCUAUUCAAAAAAAAAUUUUGAUGAUUAAUUUUGCGCCACCUUUUUUGCGCAUAUUUAGUAGAAAAGCUAUUCAAAAAAAAAAAAAUUGGGAUGAUUACUUUUGCGCCACCUUUUUUGCGCAUAUUUAGUAGAAAAGCUAUUCGAAAAAAAAAUUUGGAUGAUUACUUUUGCGCCACCUUUUUUGCGCAUAUUUAGUAGAAAAGCUAUUAAAAAAAAUGGAUGAUUAAUUUUGUGCCACCUUGCAUAAAAUGUGUCUGAAAACUAAGUAAAUCAGCGCUGCUCUGCUCUAAAACUCCAACAAGUCUUACGCUGCCUUGACGUCACUAAACGAUUGCCUUAACUUCGAAAGGGAGAACGGGAGAUGUAAAAUUCGAUAAGCUGAAAUACGAGUACGGAAAAAGCGAAGAGUUGCUUGAAGCAGGGUGGGAAUAGCUGUGGACUUUUGACAAAACAACAAAAUGACUUAUUUUACUUUGAGUUUGAGCUUUCAGAUUAAUAACUUUUAUUCUUUUAUAUGAGAAAUUAAUAAUUAAGCCAACCUUCAACCAGAUGAUUUCUAAGGCAACAACUGCGCGUUUAUAAUAAUUUCAAUUUUGUAUUCAAAAACAACAAUUUUUAGCUUGACAGCUGAAAAAUGCUUCGUAAGACUAGAUUCUUUAUGAGGUUUGCACUUCGACGUGGCACAGUCUUUUGUGCCCUCGACUCAUCACUGUACCUCAUCCAGACCCAGUUCCUUUAUUAAACUCAGGAUAGAGCUGGAUUGAAUUGAGCGCAUGUGUGUGCCUUUCUUCUGGCUGCAGUUGGUCAAGGUGCCUGAAAAAUGCUAAAUUGAUUUACAUUUGUUUAUUGUCAAAAGCACGCAGUUAUGUAACAUUUUCUAUAUUUUUUUCUUUUUUUUUUUUUUUGAUAAAUAAUGCUCGAAAGAUGUCAAAGGCAAAUGCUAAAAGAAACCACUAGAAAAAUUUUAAACGAGUAUGCAUAGGUACAUACAAGCAGCGAGUAAUUUUUAAACGUUUGUUCACACUUUGCUUUCAUUAAAUUUUAGUAACUGUGCAUUAUGUAUUUUUGUUUUUUUUUGUUUUUUUGUUAAGCAUAAACUUUUUCAUGACACUCUGCUCUCUUCGAAACUUAUUAUUUUUCUUUUUUCUUUUCUAUUUGCUUUCUCUUUUUUCUAAUGUUCAAAGUACAUUUUUUGAUCAAAACGGCGCUUUAGUGCUACUUGGGGAGUGCCAGAGCUGUGGCACUUCAACCAUUUCACCUGCUUUCUUUCACAUUCGAUUUUAAAAUUAUUUCGCCCUUUUAUAUUCAUUUUACUUUUCAUUUUCUUUACAUUUUGUAUUAUAAAUUUUCAUGCAUUUCUUGAACAUUGACUCUUAUUUGUUUAACAUUUUACUUAUACAAUUUUACGAUUUUUUUAGGCCUACAAAAAUAUGCCGCAAAUGCCCAUUUUUGUUGGCAUAAGUUUUUCCUUUUUUUUGUGUUUAAAAUUUAAAUUCUUAACUUAAAAUAAACACCAAUUAUAACUUUAAAUUUUAUUGUAAAUUUCAAAAAGCGAAUUUUACGCACUCUGCUGCCGCUUCUAACAAAAAAAAAAAUAUAUAAUUAUAUAAAAAAAUGUGCAGAGGCGCGUUUCUACUCGUUUAAGAAUUGAAAUUUUAGAAUUGCAAAAUUGCAAGAUUGCAUGACUGUGAGUAGUUAAGCAUGUGGAUUGAUAUUUUCUAAGCCUAAUUUACAUAAACACUAAACAUAUAUACACAUAUACUUAUACAUAAAAUUUAUACUUAUACAUACACACCACACAUUGCUGCAACUGUUGUAUGACUAAACAAACUAAAUAAAUAAACAGUACACGCAUACAUAUGUAUACAUACGUACAUGCUAUUCGCAUAUAUAUAAACUUUAUAAAAAAGGGAAAAAAUGAAUGUAUUAAAACACUAACAAUUUACCACACUAAUUUUAAGAGAAUUUAAUCGCAAAAUUGUAACCAAAUGAAAAUGUAAAUCAAUUGAUUUCCCCAAAUUUAUUUAGAAAAAUCAUUCAACUGUACGUACAUACAUACAAACAUAUAUUAAUUAAAGUAUUUGUGUAUUACAAAAGAAUUAAACAAAUAAAAUUUCUUUAAUUAAAUGUAAA